AUGGUCAUCGGUCUCCUCAUCCUGUCCGCCAUCCCCACCGUAGCGGGGGUGUCUCUCGCCUCCAACGAACAGCGGAAAGCCAACGAGCGCAAGAACGACGAGCGUCGCAUGGCCAAAUUCUACAUCGAUGUCGCCGCGCCGCCGUACAAUAUCGAGGAUCCCGAGGUACAUGGCAAACGGGUGGUUUUGCGGGAUUUCAAGGUCUUUCUUGAUGACCCCGACCCCACGAAACGAGAUCCUCCCGCGCAUACCGCCCAGGCGUUCUACAUCGAGUACCCGGAGUUCGAUCAUAUGAAACAUCUGAAGCGCGGGCUGGGGGUCGCGACGACUAUCUCGGACAAUCCGCCCAUGUUGGGGUGGAUCUAUGCGGACAAGGAUACGCAUGAGCUCAAGUAUGGGAACCGGACGCAGAGUUGCGAGCAUGUGAUCGGGCCGUGGGAUUGGGUGGACGAUGAGACGACCUUGACGCUAGAGGGGAGCCGGCAGUUUGUCGCGGUCAAGGAAGACGAUGGCUCGUGGGGGGUGUACUUCGACCGGGACGGGGAUGAGUUGGAGGGGGUCUUGGAGGAGCAAGGGAAACUGGACAAUGAGUAUCUGUUGCUACGGCUGAAGAGGAAUUUGAUCGAGCAGCCUGACGAUAAGAAUAAAAACAAUAAUACAUGA